AUGAGCAUGAGCGACUCUUGGGAAGACAAGGUGGCCGCGGUCCGCCAUCACCGUGAUGCUUCGCUGCAGAAAGUCAGCCCCCCACUGGCGCUUGAUGCUCUGCCCUCCCCGCUGCCGCUCAAUUCGCAAGGCAUCCCCAAGCUGCUUCUGACGCCGCGAGAGAUCGAAAUCACCGAGAACUACACGGUCAAACAGCUCCUGGCCAAACUACGUAGCAGGCAGAUAUCGGUGGAAGAAGUGACCCGGGCUUUCUUGCGUCGAGCAGCCGUUGCUCAAGCCAGUGUGAAUUGUCUGACCGAGUUGCUGUGGGACUUUGCCAUCGAACGAGCCAGAUACCUGGACUCUCUGCCCGAGCCCCAAGGCGCGCUCUUUGGCUUACCCAUCUCGACCAAGGAGCAGCAUGGAAUGAGAGGCGAGAACGUCACCACGAACGCGUCGUAUGUGGCCUGGAUCGACCGAAAGCCCGGCUCGAACCAGAUCUAUGAUAUCCUCUGGGAUGCCGGCUGCGUCUUUUAUGCCAGAACCACCCAACCGCAGACUGUCAUGCAUCUGGAGACCAACAGUAAUAUCUACGGCCGUACGUUGAACCCCUAUAACCGAGACCUGACCCCGGGAGGUAGUAGUGGUGGCGAGUCCGCUCUCAUCGGUAUUCGCGGCAGCAUUUUGGGUGUUGGGGGAGACAUUGGUGGUAGCAUCAGAUUGCCCGCGGCUCAUUGCGGCAUCUACGGCUUCAAACCGACUUGCAAACGCAUUUCCGCCGGCGUCCCAGGCAGAGAGUCGAUCCUCUCAUCUUACGGGCCCAUGACUACCGAUAGAGACGCCAUGGAGCUCUUUAUGCAAACCCUCCUCGCAGCCAAGCCCUGGCUGGUGGAACCAUCGCUGACGUUCAAGCAAUGGAUCCCGUAUCAGUUCGAUCGGCCUCUGAAGAUCGCGGUGCAGUGGUGGGACGGUGUGGUCAAGCCGCACCCGCCCAUCAUUCGUGCCUUGACAGAGGUGGCGGCGGCUUGCAAAGCGGCUGGUAUGGAAGUGGUGGACUGGGACUGCGACGGCUUGCAGCAUGACAAGGCGUGGGAGAUCAUCUCUUCCCUCUACUGGCCAGAUGGAGGUGCCGAGGCCAUGGGCCGCAUCACCGGCGCCGGAGAGCCUGUCCUUCCUCUGACCAAGUUCAUCAUCGAGGAGCAGCCGAGUGUCAAGCGACUCAGCAUUGAAGAGCUCUGGGAGCGGACCGAACAGAGAGACGCGUACCGGGCUUUCUACGCCCGGGCUUGGACCGCGACCGGCCAAGACGGUCGGGAGGUAGAUGUCAUUCUCGGGCCGGCUUCAUUUGGAGCGGCCACGCCUCACGAUCAGUCCAGGUACUGGGGAUACACGUCGCAGUGGAAUCUUUUGGAUUACCCGGGGGCCGUCUUCCCCGUCACCACGGUCGACCCGGCCCAAGAUGCCAAAGAUGAGACGUACGUGCCGAAGAACGAGCAGGACAAGUUCUGUUACGAGCUGUACACGCCUGAGCGGUACAAGGAUGCUCCGGUUAGCCUGCAAAUCAUUGGCAGAAGGAACCACGACGAAAAGGUGCUCGCGGCUCUAGUGGAGAUAGAGAAAGCCUUGGGCAGGCCGUAA